GGAUGUUGGAACUGUCGCAUUUCCUCGUUGACACGCAGUAACCUGGUUUAUGGUCUUCCUUCCGACUAUUUCAGGAUAGUCCUUCGGGGCCGGCUUUCAUUUGUCGCGUCGCGCCUUUCUGCUGGAUGCUUUACGUUUGCUGGCGUCUUGUGUCGGGUGUCGGCAGCGAUGAAACCGCAGGUGGUGUUCGUGUUGGGGGGUCCCGGAGCAGGGAAGGGCACCCAGUGUGCCAAAAUCGUUCAGAAUUUCAAUUACAUCCACCUGUCGGCCGGGGACCUUCUGCGGGAGGAGAGGAGCCGUGAGGGUUCAGAGGUUGGCCAGCUGAUUGAUAGCUAUAUCAAGGACGGCAAGAUCGUCCCUGUGGAGAUCACCAUCAAACUACUGAAGCAGGCCAUGGAAAAGAUCAUGCAGCAAGACCAAGAGAAGUACAACUUCCUGAUUGAUGGCUUUCCCCGUAAUAAGGAUAACCUGCAGGGCUGGGAGAAGGACAUGGAGGGCAAGGCUGAUGUCAGAUUCAUUCUGUUCUUUGACUGCAGCAAUGAGGUGUGUGUCAACAGGUGUUUGGAGCGCGGGAAGAACAGCGGGCGCACAGAUGACAACAGGGAGAGUCUGGAAAAACGGAUCCAGACCUAUCUGACGUCUACACGGCCAAUCAUUAACCAGUACUCGAAGCAGGGGAAGGUGCGAACGGUGGACGCUUCUCGCAGCGUGGAGGAGGUGUUUGCAGACGUGAAGAGGAUCCUCGAAACGGAGGGGUAGAUGCUCUCACCAUCCUAUUGCCCCGCACGCACAUCAACUCGCAUCCCUCUGUGGGAUGUGUGGGGCACGUGAUGUUGUGAUGCGUGUGUAUGAGCGUGUGUGUGUCCGCGUGUGUGUCCGCGUGUGUGUCCGCGUGUGUGUCCGCGUGUGUGUCCGCGUGUGUGUCCGCGUGUGGUGCAUGCAUAUACACCAUGCUCUUCCUCUGCUAUGGGAACAACAUUGUCCUGCCUGCGGACCUAUAUCAAAAAACCAGAUUCCCUUUAGAGUUUAAACAUUGUAGACUUUGUCGUAGAUCAGCCUGGUAUUUCUGAGACCGAGGGCUUCGGUAAUAACAGUGUCAGAGGCAGCUUAUAGAGAAUAGCAGAGUGUGUGUGUGUGUGUGUGUGUGUGUGCGUGUGCGUGUGUGUGUGUGCGCGUGUGCGUGUGUGUGUGUGGAUCACAUUAAAACUGGCAGCAUAUCAACAUUCUGCUUGACUGGCAAUAUAACGAAGAACCAAAUAUAAAACUAAGGGGCUUGAUUGUGCCCGUCCUGCCCGCCUCCAGCUCCUGACAAACUCCACUUUGACACAUAUGGCUCUCUGAUGAGCGUGGAGCAGAGCGGAGUGCCAGCGUGUCAUCAGGAGAAGGUUAGGGCCGUUUGCACACGGCUCUUUUGGCACUUUUGUAUUUAGAGCUGCUGUUGGACGCCAUUCCAGCCGUGGGUACCACCGUGCCCAGUUUUGGUGUGUGCCCGUCCACACCACACCUCCCACUGCACUGAACUGACCCCAAAUAGUGCUUUUUUUUUAAAAAAAAAAAAAACAUUGUGUGUGUCUCUGUCAAAGCCAUGAAAGAAAAAACAUUUGAGGAUGAAAAAGGACCAGUUUGUUAAACUUGAAUGUUUAUAUUUUUAAAUGAGGAAGAACUUAAAAGAAAUAUUACCUGAAUGUGUAAAAUAUACCUUUUCCCUUCUGCCUUGUGUGAUUUCUUAGCAGGUGUGUAUAUAUACAGUAUGUGUUGUGUUUAUACAUGAUAACUUUGUAGUUGUUUCAUUUGGGUAAUUUGGAUAUGUUACCUGGCUUCUAAAGACUAAAUCAACAGUUCUAUAAAAUAUAAUUAACCAGCCUGAGUACUGACUCAAGACAUGAUAAGCAAAAUGACAGUGUGCACUACGAAGUCUGAUACAUGAAUCGGACCAGUUAGAGCCACAUUUUCAAUUGAGUCUACCAAGGAUUUCUUUUCACUUGGUUAAUAUUAUAACAGGUGAAAUAUAUAUACUGCAGACACAUUUUCUGUAUAAUAAUAAUGUGGUAAUGCACA